GUUCUAUCUCCAUCUCAUCAACAACUACAUCUUCCCUGUCCCAUACACAGAACAACAUCAACAAAAUGGCCCUCUUCAUCACCCUCCUAACCCUCACCACCCUCCUCACCCCCGCCCUCACCACCAACUGCAGCACCAGCCCCUUCACCGUGAUCUCCACCCGCUCCGGCACCCCCAUCCAAAACCUCCCUUUAACCGCCGCCUCCAACAAUUUCUACCUCGACGGGACGACCUCAUCUUACUGCCUGCCCCAAAUUGCAGCUUAUGAUGCUUGUCCACCAGGCAACGAAACCGUAAUCAGCGGAAACAACUACCUCGACUCCGCCUACGUCCAAGAAAUCUACAUCGACCCCACCGGCGCCGUCAAAUUCGUCGAAGCCCACACAACCUACAUGCCUAGCGGCGCCUCAACAGCCACGUUCUGCUACACGCCCGGCACAGAGUACGGAACCUGGACGUAUACUGGCCUCGGCGCGACGGGGUUCAUGGCGUGUCCGAUCACAACCACGGAGGUAGCAGAUGCUGGUCCGUACCAGGUGUUUGCGGCUUUGGGAAAUGCGUCGGUUCCAACGGGGAAUGUAUCGGAUUGUUUGGAUUUUGAGGCUUUGGCGGUGCCGUGGGGUGGGGUGCAGGGGAGUGUGGCGGCUUGGGAGUAUGUCUGAUUUACACCCUACAUAGUACUUUUGGGUUGGGGUUUAGGUUGGGGGAUGAUAUGAUCUGUUGGUUGGUAUUUGGGGGGUGAGUGUUAGGUUUAUAGAUUAGUCGGUAUCGGUCGCUUAUAUUGUCGAUGGAAGUUAGGAUAUAGGAUGGGGUUGCGGCCAUAACCCUAAAUCAGAGCUACGUUAUUUAUAUACAGUUUGAAGUCAAAGAACA